AUGAAGGUCAAGGAUGCUUUACUCGAUAUCAAGCCAAGGAUGAUACUAACAAGCAGGGGACGCCCGACAGUCGAGGUGGACCUGAUAACAUCUAGAGGUGUACACAGGUCUUCCUGUCCAUCUGGUGCAUCGAAAGGAUCCAAGGAGGCCGUGGAACUUCUGGAUGGAGGAGAGUUUUAUAACGGAAGAGGUGUUGAGACUGUAAUAAACAACAUCAAUCAGCUUGUGGUAAAGAAAAUGUGUGAACUGGAAUGCAAUGUUGGCGAUCAGCAGGCCAUAGACAACUAUCUAUUGGGCUUGGACGGCACAAAGAAUAAAUCGAGGAUAGGAGGAAAUGGGAUAACUGCCCUUUCCACUGCAUUCUGUAAAAUGGGUGCAGCAUAUUCAAAUAUGCGGGUGGAUGAGUUUAUUUCAGGUAUCACCACGUUUAAGAGAGGAAUUCCUGUUCCUCAUUUCAAUGUUUUGAAUGGAGGAAUUCACUCUGGAAAUGAAAUGUCUGUGCAAGAAAUCAUGGUUGCGUAUCAGCACGACAGCCUCGAGAGUAACAUCGAGUCCGGAUGUGUGCUGUAUGAAUCUCUGAAGCGGGUAAUAUCUGAGAAGUAUGGUGCCUUAUAUACCUCGGUAGGAGACGAAGGGGGGUUUGCACCUCCCAUCAAGAAGCUGGAGGAAGGGCUUGAUCUGAUAUUAGAAGCCUCCAGAAGAUGUAACCGAACAGACAUGAAGAUUGCCAUCGACUUUGCAGCCAAUGGAUUUAUGAGAGAUGGAAAGUACGAGCUGGAUGGAGAAACUUACACUACAAAGAGCUUAGGUGAGAGAUAUAUCGAGAUCCUUAAGGAAUAUCCCCAGGUGUAUAGCCUUGAGGAUCCGUUUUCUGAAAGAGAUUAUGACGGAUGGAUAUGGCUGAAUGCUGAAGUUGGAAAGAAAAUCAAUAUUGUUGGUGAUGAUCUCACAGUUACCGACCCGCAACUUGUUAGGGAUGCAGGUGCAAGGAGAAUGUGUAACACGCUCCUAGUAAAGCCCAACCAGGUAGGAACAGUCAGCGAAACGGUCGAGGCAAUAAGGAUUGCUCGCAAAUGCGGGAUGAAGAUCAUGGUUUCUCACAGGAGCGGAGAGACAGAUGAUCAUUUUAUAAGCGAUUUGUCCGUAGGUGUGGGGGCAGAGUACAUAAAGUCGGGAGCCCCCUGCCGUGGGGAAAGGGUUAGCAAGUAUAAUCAGCUGUUGAGGUUGUACGAAUACUAA